CCUCUUUAUUUUCCACAGUCUUACCGAUCUGUAAUGGCUGACUCUCAGUUUGGUCAGUAUGUUUAAAGGCUUGUAUGGAAAAGGGAGGCUUUUGUGACACACAAAGCAAAACACAGAAGGGUCUUGAUAAGUGUAGGCUACUGUUGGGGUUUUAUGAAAGUGUAUAUGCAGUUUUUGUAAAUGUUUGUAAAUGUUCAUGCUGAGAUACAUUGUUUCGGAUAGAGCAAAUAAAUGUAUUAAUGUAUUUGAUCACCCGAAGAGUAGUUACACUUUUAUUUUCAUCAAAAAGAAACUUUGGAUCAGAGGUGAUUUAGUGUUUUCUUGAUCAGCUGUUGACACAGGCUCAUGAACUAUGAAUCAUCACAACCACACAGCAGAUGUUAUACAACUGUAUAUAUGCAGUUAUCAUGAGAUUCUCAUGUCUUCGCUACAUUUAAUUGUACUGGUAUUGAACGAUUUGUCACUUAUGCAAUAAGUGUACUUUAUACAUCACUUUUUUAUACAGUGCAUGUCUGCAGAGAACAUAAAAAGAAGUAAACAUUGAAGUGAGUCAAAUUUAUGGAAGAUUUCAAAUUCUUUACAGUUUCAAAAUUAUGGUAGAGAUCAGACCAGGAAACAAGAAACUGGAGUGGUAUGAGGGUGAAUUAACCCCAGCAUAUAGAAAAUCCAAUAGUUAUUGGUCACCUCAAAACAUGACAUUUUGCUUAACAUAACAUCCCUUACAAAAAUCGAGAGUUCUGGCAAACUUGCCACAAAUUUGCCACACAUUGUGAUUUUCCGCAAAUUAUUGGCAGAAGUUUGCUGGUCUUAACCGGUAGUGGUAAACUGCAGCAAACCUUUGGCAACAAUGAAGAGUUUGGAUUAGAGUUAGGAUUAAGAAUUACUCCAGGCAUAAAGUUUCCUGGGAGUCACCAUAUCUGCUGACUGUUGAUAAUACAUUUGAGAAGAAGACAGAGAGAGAUAGUGAGAGAGAAAACACACAAAUUUUCCAAGGCAGAGAAGGUCAUUGGUGCCUCAUGAGUAAGGAGUCACGCUUUUCAUCUCUAAAGAAUGCACACCUUGAAGAAAGGAUAGAUAAUCAUAGAAGCAGAGAAAGACGCAACAUCAAUAUAUUAAACAAAUGGAAAUAUAAUAAAGACUAGGCAGUUUAUGCAUUUCGGAAGCUGUAUGAAAACACGUAUCACCUGAACCUGUAAGAGCACAGAACAAGAGUAAAUAGUCAGAGUUCCAAGAACAUGUGUGUGUCGUGUGUUCUUUAUAUUUCCUUAACACAGGAGCCUAAACAGAUAAUACUAAGGAAAUAUUACAAAUCGGAUCAGAGGAAUUUAUAACCCUACUAUCAGACACAAUCAAUCAGCCUUGUCAUAUGGUCCGGGUGAGGUUGCACGAUCAGUGGUUUAUGCCUUCUCGUAGACAGCUAAAUCAAGCCACGCCCAGUCUGAGUAAUGGUGGCUCACCGCCAUCCACUAGUUACCAGGAGGCCUCUGACCCACCUUCCGUUCCAGGACCAGAGAGUGGAGUCAGAGCAAGGAGGAAACUGGCAAAAGACAUCCUACACCGACUAAACAGUAAAGACAGGUCUGAGUUUAUAGCUGAUAAAUGUGGAGUACGGGUGUACUCCAAAAUGCAGAUGGAAGACGGCAGGAUUCAGAUCUUUGUGGACAGUGCAGAGGUUUAUGAGCUGAAGUUGUUUGUGGAGAACACAGGUCAUAAGUCUGUGUAUUUCACCUACUACACCGCUCUCCACUGGCUUCAGUGUUUCACUCUGGAAGACAGCAAGAAAGUCACACGCAAUAAUCCAUUCUGCCUUGAACCACGUGGAUCGUAUGAGGUGACCAUGAAGUUCAAAUUAGAUCAUGUGGGAGUUUAUUCAGCCACUCUGGCAUUUGAGUUCAAAGAAAACAUCCAUCCCUCCACCUGUCCCUACCAUAUUGUGCGCUUCAUUGAGGCGGUGCACAGGACUGAGCUUGCAGCUCAGCUGGGCCCCAAAGAACCAUACAAACCCCUGAGGCUUGAGACCUAUGAACCAGUGAGAUGCAAUGUGGAUGAGGGCUUUCCACCUGAAGGUUCAACUCAAAACUUUUUGAAAUUUGUGGUGCCUUUGGAGACAUACCCUCGUCCCUUUUAUAUCUCUGAGCUGGCCAAGGUCCUGAAAGGCAACCGUUCUCCCUUCACACAAGUACAGCUCCAGGAACUGCGGUCACUACUGGAGAGUGAUCUGGAUUUUCAGAACUAUGCAAAGCGCUUUGAUUUACUUCUGCACUUGGAGGAGGAUCAGAUGCAUCUGGACAUCAGGAGGUAUAACAAAAAUGAUGUCUCCAUGGUGAGGGACCAUGAAAACAAACGACUACUGAUCUUAGAGGUCCCUGGUGUUUCGGAGAACAGGCCAUCAGUCCUGAGGGGAGAUCACCUGCUUUUCACCAAAAGUGAGGAUGUCCAUCUCUCAACUGUAACAAAAUAUAAGGGCUACGUCCAUAGAGUGGAACUGGAUCAGGUUAAACUUGGCUUCUCCAGCAGGCUGCUUGACAAUUUCAUAGAUUAUAUGAAAUUCUGUGUGGAGUUUACGGUUAACCGUCUCCCAGUAAAACUGCAACAUCGAGCAGUACAUAUGGCAGUCCAGCACAACCUAGCUUGUGUGCUUUUCCCUGUGGGCUCAAUGAGUGUCCAUGUGUCUCCUCCUACCUUGAGACUCUUCGAUAUAAAGCUGGACAGGAAUCUUGAGCAGAAAACUGCAGUAUGUAACAUUGUGGCUGGUACGUCCAAGCCUGCACCAUACUUGGUGUUUGGACCUCCUGGCACUGGUAAAACUGUCACUAUAGUGGAGGCAAUCAAACAGGUGGAGAUGAAUGUAUCUGGUGCCUAUAUCCUAGCAUGUGCUCCCUCUAACAGUGCGGCUGAUCAACUGUGUGAAAAACUGAUCAGCAGCCAACAUGUUGACUCACGGAAAAUCUACCGACUUUAUGCUAGUUCACGCAAUCCAAAAGACAUCCCUGCAGCUCUCGUGAACAACAGUAAUGUGGAUGGAGGUAUGAUUGUUUUUCCAUGUAAAGAGGUUCUAAUGUCCUACAAGAUUCUGAUCAGCACUCUGGUCACUGCAGGAAGGUUGGUCAGUGGAGGUUUUCCUGUGGGUCAUUUUUCUCAUAUCUUUGUGGAUGAGGCUGGACAUGCUGUGGAGCCAGAGACCGUCAUCAGUGUGGGAGGACUACUGAAUGCAGAGACUGGACAGCUUGUUUUGGCCGGAGAUCCCAAACAGCUGGGGCCGAUUCUGAGAUCUCCUUUUGCCAUUAAAUACGGACUUGGCCUUUCAUUGCUGGAGAGGCUGAUGACACAGAAUGAACUUUAUCAGAAAGGUACUACAGGAUAUGACAACCGCUAUGUCACCAAACUGCUGCAGAACUACAGGUCUCAUCCAUCCAUUCUGAAAGUUCCUAAUGAGCUGUUCUAUGAUGGGGAGUUGUUGGCAUGUGCAGAUGUGAUCAGCUCCAGCCAGUACUGUACCUGGGAGCACCUGCCAAAAAAAGAAUUUCCUGUGAUUUUCCAUGGAGUGAUUGGGAAGGAUGAACGAGAGUUAAACAGCCCUUCCUUUUUCAACACCUCUGAAAUUGACAUCAUCAUUGACUACCUGAAGAAGCUGCUCCUGACACAAGCCAAGAAGGGCAUUGCUAAAAUCUCCCCCAAAGAAAUAGGCAUUAUUGCCCCCUACAGGAAACAGGUGGAGAAAAUCAGAAAGGGCAUCAGAAUGCAGAAGGAGCUUAAAUCCUGCAUGGGCAUUGAAGAGCUUAAGGUUGGUUCCGUGGAGGAGUUUCAAGGCCAGGAGAGGAAAGUGAUAAUAGUAUCAGCUGUUCGUAGCAGCAAGGAGUAUAUCAAUUUGGACGAAACAUUCAACAUUGGGUUUCUCAAGAAUGAGAAGAGAUUCAACGUGGCAGUGACCAGAGCCAAAGCCCUACUUAUUAUGGUGGGAAACCCCAUCAUUCUACGGACAGAUGAGAACUGGGGCAGGUUUAUUGAUUACUGCACUGAGCAUGGUGGUUAUACUGGAUAUGAUAUUUCCAGCUUAGAGGGAACAGAGGAGGUUGUUGAGCGUCUGCUUGCUCUUAACAUCCACGGGGAGAUAAAUGUGGAAACUGAGGAGAGUGUGGUACAACAAUACCUGAAUCCUGAGUGGAGACACGAGCACUAAAUAAAGAAGUGUGAUCAUUUAUUAAAGCUCCUCCAGCUCAAGCUUUUCCCCCCUGCUGAAGAUAGUCUGGAAUUAAAGUCUUAAGUAAAUUUAUUUUUUUAAAGCCAAUGAAGUGAUAUCAGUGCUAUUCUGCUUAGCCUAUACUGUAUGUUAGCUUUACAUUACUCUCAGGGAUAGAGUAUAUUAUAGGUUUUAUCAGGUGCUUUACAGAAAAUACAUUUAUCUGCUGUGAUAUGAGCAUAUGAAAUUAAUAUGAGCACAUGGGACACAUGUCGAGUCGAUAAACCACACAUUUUUAUGAUAAAGUGCCUAAUUGUAACUUAUACAGUCAUACAUAAAUUAACUCAAACAUUUAACUUGCAACUGAUUUUUUUUUUUUUUUUUUUUUUUUUUUUUUUGCAUGAAAUCAUUGAAAAAGUGGCCAUAUCAUAAAAAAAAUAAAUAAAAAAAAAACUGUUUUCUGACAGCUAAAUCAUGCUGGCCUCACAUAAAAGCAAUAAUGUAAUUUGUAUAUUAUACACCGGUAAUUACUGACUGAGCAGCUGUUCAUACAGUGUGGAUGGGUUUUGUUUGUUUGUUUUCUGUAUAUGCUUGUUUGUCUGGACAUUUGGAAAGUGUUUGUUUUACAUCAGGGCACUGUCAACCCAAUUAUUAAUUUAUUAUUAUUAUUAUUAUACUGUUAUUCAAUAAUAUUAUUAAUUAUUAGCUCAAAUGCAUGACAAAGACUUUUGACAAUAAUAUUCCCAUAGUUUUUAGCUCGUAAACCUGCUGUAUAAUGUUGAAUCUCAUGUAAAACCACAAAUCCACGCAAAUGCUGGGGACAAAUUAAUAGGCAACUUAAGGAGUAUUGCAGAAAAGUCUGUUUAAAAUAAUUGUCUUAUCGUUUGGAAUUGUGAUUCACGUUUAGUAUAGGCACUUCUAUAGCUAUAUUGCUGCACUUCUGCAUUAAUGUCUUUUUUAUUUUUAUUAACUUUUAAAAACAAGACAAUAAGAUGUGCCCUUGAAGUAACAGCUUCUUACAAUGAGACAUAUGACUUAAUGAAACAGUGUAAGUUGUUUUGAUCAGACAGGUAACAUUAAGAACUGUAAUCAAGGCCUUGACGACACAAACACAUACUUCCCAAUAUGUAACUAUGAGUUUUUAAAAAUCCUGUUGUUUUUACAAAAAAAAAAAAAAAAAUGGCAGCUGUGGUUGUCAGAAAAUUUAUGUAAAAAAUUAUGUAAAAAUGUAAACAACUUUACAGAACAACCUGUACAUUUUACAGUUUACAUGACCACGAUGGCAGUGUAUUAAAUAAAUUAUGUUAAAUUUACAGUAAAAAGACGUCAUAAACUUGAUACUAACCUUCUGAAAAAUCUGCAUUUUACUUUAUAAGGUAUUGUUAAUCACCAUAAAAAUUACAUAAGAGCACAUGAUGACAUGAAAUUCACCAAUAGUGGCUUGUCCAGGAGCAAUGACCAAUAAACAUAUUGAGACAGUGCUCAGUGUCACUCACACAAACACUAAACACCAUUAGGGUAACACAUGUGAAAUUUAAAUAAUGCAGUAAACUAACUAAACUACAUCAAAUAUAAAACAGAACACCCCAAUGUACAUAACUGAUAUUAAAUAUAAGAAGAAACAUAACUAUUCCCAUAAAAUAUCAUGAAAUAUGAUGGGUCAUCCAGGGAAUUGUGGGAACACACAAUUAUUGUUUUUUACUAUAAUUUUAACAAUGACUUACUGUAAAAAGUACAUGUACUCUCUUGUUUAACAUAACGUAAAUUUUUACCAUUAAUUAUACAGGAAAAUCAUACUUUUCACAUACAAAAAAUGUAAUUUGUACAACAUUUUAUUGUAAAAACUACUGUAUUGUCUUUUAAAAUAUAUAUAAAAAAAAUUACUGUAUAUUUUACAGUUAAUAUUCGUUAAUCAAUUAACGUUUUAUUUCUGUAGCAUUUUUACAGUCUUUUACUGUUAAAAUUACAGGCAUUUUUUACAGUGCACACUAAAUAAGAUCUGUGAAACUCUCGUGAUUGUGUAUGGAUCCACUUUUUUAAAUGUCCGUUAUCGGACGGUUAUUUCCUUUUAAAGCUGCUCGUAAAUGGCAAAGUUUAAACUCUUGUUUAAGCACAGCGGUUGACUGAAAGGUGAGGGGUGGUGCUUCACUGCUGCCAGGACGCAUAUAGGAAAGAUUAGCAUUUACACCUCAAAUGUGAUGUGGACACUUGCAUUUUUGACCACAUUCCUAUGUCCUUUCACAAAACGUUAUAGGCCCCAUUUAAAACCUGUAUUUAGGGCUGACAAUGAUCGGAUCACCUGAAAUGCAUUUUAAUAUCAGGUGGAAACGGGGUCUGUGACUUUCUUUUGCUGAACACAAAUUAAGAUUUUUAGGAGAAUAUCUCAGCUCUGUUGGUUCUCACAAUGCAAGUGAAUGGUGAUCAGGCCUUUGAAUCUACAAAA